GGUCCCAAAUUGAUCGGACCAGAUUACGAGAAUAUCACUGUGACCAAGGACAAAGCAGAAUUGGUCUGUUAUGUUAGAGCAAAUCCUGCCCCUUCUCCUGACGCUGUGAGGUGGCGGCAACUCUCCUCUAGCCUGAAUGAUGUUGCGCCAAGAGAACAGAAUAAAUUGUGGAGUUCGCAGUUGACUAAACAAAGACAGCGCCCACAAGCUGGUCAAAAGAAUGCCAUGAACCAGAAGCUCGCACUUGCGGAUAUACGCUGUAACAAGGUGACACGAUUGUAA